AUGAAACAGUGAGACUGGGAGCAGAACAUGGCAAAUACAUUUGUCACUGUACCAGAUGGGUAUUGUCUUGCUGAGCCCAUACAGUAUUAUGAUGUUUUACCAGAGCACAUCAAUUAUCAGCUGCAAGACACUGAUUUUCAGACUGCACCUUACUGCCAAUACUCAUCACUUCAAAUUCCUUCUCCGGUGUUACAGUCACAACCUUCACAAUCCCAAUACAGUACAUACAGCCUGGACUCUCAAUACACUGAUGGGCAACAUAUAAUCAGUAACUGUGAAUUAAGCAAACCUCCUUUCGUGGCUUCCCACCUUGAUGACAGUGGAUUUCAAGGACUAAAAAGGCCCAGAUUAAACCACUCUUCUUUGAGACUGAAGGGACAGGAAGAGCUGUGUGUUGUCUGUGGUGAUAAAGCAUCUGGCUAUCACUACAAUGCACUUACUUGUGAAGGUUGUAAAGGCUUCUUCAGACGCAGCAUAACCAAAAAUGCAGUGUAUCGCUGCAAGAACGGUGGGCACUGUGAAAUGGACAUGUACAUGCGGAGGAAGUGUCAGGAAUGCCGCCUGAAGAAGUGCAAAGCUGUGGGAAUGCUAGCAGAAUGUUUGCUGACUGAAGUACAGUGCAAGUCGAAGCGACUCAGAAAGAAUUUCAAGCAAAAGAGCAGUUUUCUUUGCAACAUAAAACUGGAAGAUGAGGGACUGAAUAGUAAGCAUGUAUCAUCUACAACAAGAUCUGGAAAAACUGUGGAGAAGGUGGAACUUACUCCAGGGGAACAUCAACUUCUUGACCACAUUGUAGCAGCACACCAAAAAUACACCAUUCCCCUUGAGGAAGCAAGGAAGUUUCUACAAGAAACCACAAGUCCUGAGGAAAGCUUUCUCCACCUCUCUGAGACAGCAGUUGUCCACGUACAAGUGUUAGUGGAUUUCACAAAAAGACUCCCAGGAUUUGAAAGUUUAGCCAGUGAAGAUCAAAUCGCACUGCUAAAAGGGUCAACGGUUGAGGCCAUGUUUUUGUGUUCUGCUCAGAUAUACAACCAAAGAAUUAGCGAAUGCCAAUCAUCAAGUGAAAGUCACAUCAGACACUCUGAUCACGCAACAUGCUGUCACGUUCAAAACCUUGAUAAGAACAUAUAUUCCAUUGAAAUGUCUCACAGCGAAGAGAGUCCGAGUUCCACUACCACCACAGGUAUAACCGAGGAGUUCAUCACCGCGCUGUUUUACUUCUACAGAAGCAUGGGGGAACUGAAAGUUACCGAGACCGAGUACGCUCUGCUCGUAGCGACAACGGUGCUGUUCUCAGACCGCCCGCUGCUGAGGAACAAGCGGCACGUGGAAGAGCUGCAGGAGCCGUUCCUGGGCAUCCUCUACAAGUACUCGAAGAUCCAUCACCCCGAGGACCCGCAGCAUUUCGCCCGUCUCAUCGGGCGGCUGACGCAGCUGCGCACCCUGAACCAUACGCACGCCGAGGUGCUGGUGACGUGGCGGACGAAGGACCCCAGGCUGACCGCGCUGCUCUGCGAGGUCUGGGAGCUGCACUAGGCGGCGCCCACCGCCGCAGCGCAGCGCUCCCCUCAGCGGUGCUACCCGCCCCCCGUCCCGCCCUCAGCGCGCGCCGCCGCUUCCCGCCCUUUUUGCUCUCCUCAGCGGCCGGACGAGAGGGGACGGCGGAGCGGAUGGUGCGCUCGCGGUGGGGCGCCGGAUCUGAGAGCUACCCGUUCCUCCGAAGCUAUGGAAAAAGGAAAACCGUUUAAAUUGUUCGUGCCGCCGCGCCUGAGCGGUGGUCAGGUGUCUGCGGUCAAACCCCAGACCAGCGCUCGGGCCGCAGAGCCGUGCCAGGUAAUCGAGGCGCGGCCUCAGAGCUGUCCCGUGAGGAGCCGUGCCCACGCGAACCGCUGUACCUCCGCCCAGGAGAACACAAGCAUGCAUACGCUACAUGCGCUGAAAUUAAUGAAAGCUAGAGGGAUGCGUGUGAACAUUUCCGAAUCUAAUGCCCAAGGCUUUUACUUUUUUUUAUACUCUAUUUUCCCCCCAACAAAACCAGAAGGAAACAUCUCGCCCAUCAGCCAUGUAUUUUAACUGUACAACACGGAUGACAAAUAAAUGUACAUGUUUGGUGCAGCUAAUUCAGUGGGAAGUACACACAGCCAGAUAGCGUUACCCUCUGACUUAUCAGUCCCACCAGGUCAGGUGUGCAGUGAAAAUGAUCCACUGCAAUGCACGGAGUUAUGUGAAUACAACAAGUAUUGACACUUCCUAUUAAAUGUAUUUAGAUUCAGAUACGGUGUUCUGACAGGAGACGAGUUACACUGUUUAAAAGAUGAAUUAAUGCGACUUUCAAACCACCUCGUAAAGUCAAAUUUUCGUGCUUCAACCUAAUCUGAUGUGUUUCAGAAGUCCUGCUGGGAAUAAAGCAAAAAUAUAUGUGAUAAAAAUAA